AGAGGAUUGUUUGAAUAUAUUAAUAUGACUAAUAGCAAGAUUUAUUGGUGGUUGCUGGUCUUGUUCAUGGUAAAUGGAUGGAGAUGUUGUUAUUGUUGUUGGAAAGAAGAAAGGACUAUGUUCCAUUGAUCAUAAGUGUUUCAAGAAACCUGGACAACUAGAAAUACUUGAUUUGUCAUUGAACUACUUGAACCGCAGCAUCUUUAAGUCUCUUAGUCAACUUUCAUCUCUCAAGUCGUUGUACCUCGCGGAAAACAACAUUGAAUCAGGUUCUGAGAGAUUAUCAGGGUUGGACAAGCUGGAAAUCCUGGAUUUGAGCUACAAUGCACUAAAUGAUGAAAAUGUUCUCUCUGUUCUAGAUCUAAAUGUAUCUAGAAUGACGUUGAAGAAGCUUGAUAUAAGGUACAACAGAUUCCGGAGUUUUAUACCAAAUGAAGAGUUGGGAGCUUUAAGAAAUAUCGAGUGGUUACCGUUGGAUGGAAACACAUUGGAUGAGAACUUUCUCAGGAGUACUGGUGUAAUGUCAUCUCUUACAGUGUUAUCAGUAGCUAACUGCAACCUCAGUGGAGUCCUACCUCUUCAAGGCUUGUGUGAUCUAAAAUAUCUUGAAGAACUAAGUCUCCGCCUAAACUACUUCAUUGGAGAAGUCCCUGCAUGUCUUGGAAACUUAACACCUCUUCGGGUAAUAGAUCUCAGUCAAAAUUACUUUAUUGGAAAUAUUGCCUUAUCUCCACUUCGAAGUCUUGUCCCUUGAAUAUCUCUUGUUAGCAAACAACAAGUUUGAAAUACCAAUUUCAUUCGAGCCAUUUGCUAACCAUUCAAAACUUAAGUUUGUC